AGGGGAACACCACCACCCCCCCCCCCCCAACCCGGGAACCCGGGGGGGGUGACAAAAGAAAAAAAAAGGAAAAGAAUAUUAAAAAAAGGACCAGCUCGGGGCCGGUCCUGGGGACGGAAAAGACACCCAUCUGGGAUUACUGGAAGGGCCUAAGGAUGUCCGUCCGGGGAAGCGCGUUGGGCUUCCUCCUCCUUUGGGAAGCUGCCCUGGGCCUCUAUUUCCCCCGGGAUACGUACUCAGAGAAGCUGUACGUUGACCAGCCGGCCGGCACGCCCCUGCUCUACGUCCAGGCCUUGCGGGAUUCUCAGCAGGAGGUUCCACGCUUCCAGCUGGGGCAGCACCUGUACGGCAGUUACCGUUCCCAGCUCCACGAGAAUCUCUGGUUCCAGAUCCAUGAAGACACAGGACUUCUCUACCUCAACAGGAGUCUGGGCUGGAAGGACUUGAAGAGCCUAAGCGCCCUUAACGGAGGAUAUCCUUUACUAAACAUCCACCUCCAUGUUUUCCUUUCCCCCAAACCUUUCUGGGAGAACGAGUGCCUCUGGCCUAGCUGCGCCAAAGUGUCUCUCUCCAUCAUCAACACCACCGCCCCAACCUGCAGCUCUCUGAAGGCGAGGGAGUUCUGCUUCCUGGAUACGGGCCUCUCUUUCCGCAUCAAGGAGAACAAGCCUCCUGGCACAUUCCACCAGUUCCGUCUCCUCCCUGUGCAGCAGCUCUGUCCCAACAUCAGCAUCUCCUACCAGCUGAUAGCAGAUGCAGGUGUCCCCUUCCGCUGUGACAAGGAAAGCAUGGAGGUGAGCACGCGCCGGCCCCUGGACCGGGAGCAGAGGGAGAAGUAUGAGCUGAUGGCCAAGUGCACAGUGAGGAUGGAGGCCAGGGAGGUGGAUGUGGUGGUGCCCUUCCCCGUGACCGUGUACGACGAGGACGACACAGCCCCCUACCUCCCCCGUGGCAUCAACACCGCGGACGCGGUUGUGGAGUACAAGCGGAAGGAGGGGACCAUAUUGGCCAAGCUGACAGUGCAAGAUGCAGACGUGACACCGUCCUCGGGGGAGCUCAUCCGGAAAUACACGAAUACCAUCGUGACCAGUGACCCUUGGGUCAGCGAGUCCUUCCGAGUGGACCACAUGCCGAAUGAGACCACAGUCAACUCCAAUGGCAGCUUGGUGCGGGCAACUCAGCACGAAUACAGGCUCGUGCUGAACCGCAGCUUCCCCAUCACAGAGAGCCGGUCCGUCCAAGUGGACGUGUUGGUGAAUGAUACGGAUUUCCAAGGCCCGGAGGGAUCGUUGCUGCUCCACUUCAACGUGACCAUCCUGCCCGUCAGCAUCCGAUUUCAGAACAGCUCCUACUCGUUCUCUGUCAACAGGAACGCUCACCAAUAUGCACAGAUUGGAAAAAUCUGCAUUGAAAAUUGCAAGGAGUUUUAUGGAGUGAACAUCGUCUACCGGUUGCAAUCUCUCAGCUCCAACUGCAGUGCUCUAGGGAUUCUUACCGCCCUGGAAGAAACAACAGGACAUCUUUACGUGAAUGACUCCACUGUAGUCCAAAGGCCGGAGUGUACAGAAAUACAGUAUACAGUAGUAGCCUUGGACAAACAGAGCAAGAAGCAAGCCAAAACCUCCAUUAUUGUUGUGGUAGAAGGAACUAUUAUGCCUCAGGAACAAGGUUGCCCUUCUUCCUGUGCAGUCAGCAAGCGGCGCUCUGAGUGUGAAGAGUGUGGAGGCCUCGGAACGCUCACGGGCAAGUGCCAGUGGAGGCAGGGAGACGGAAAAGGCAUCACCAAGAACUAUUCAACGUGCACCCCAAGCCUCAAGACUUGUCCAGAUGGCGUCUGUGAUACUGUUGAGAGUAGAUACCCUGCCAUAUGUCCUCAGGAUUGCACAAGGGGCGAAAUCAUCGGUGGUCACGAGCGUGGGGACCGCCGGGGAAUAAAAGCUGGAUAUGGCAUCUGUAACUGUUUCCCAGAAGAAAAGAAGUGUUUUUGUGAGCAAGAAGAUGACAAAGAGGCACUGUGUGACGAUGUCUGCCGGACGGUAAUCGCAGGCGCCGUCCUCCUCUCCUUCAUCAUCUCGGUGCUGCUCUCGUCCUACUUCAUCCACCGCUACCAUAAGAACUCGCCCAAGCCACCCAUCGCCUCAGCGGAGAUGACUUUCCGACGCCCCGCGCAAGCCUAUCCCAUCAGCUACUCUUCUUCUAACGUGCGACGGCCCUCUCUGGACUCUCUGGAGAACCAGGUGUCGGUGGACACUUUCAAGAUCCCUGAAGAUCCAAAAUGGGAGUUUCCUCGGAAGAACCUGGUUCUUGGAAAAACUCUUGGGGAAGGCGAGUUUGGGAAAGUUGUCAAAGCUACAGCCUUCCGACUCAAGGGAAAAGCUGGCUACACCACCGUGGCUGUGAAAAUGCUGAAAGAAAAUGCAUCCCAGAGUGAACUCCGUGAUCUGCUGUCAGAGUUCAACCUCCUGAAACAGGUCAACCAUCCACACGUCAUUAAACUCUACGGAGCUUGCAGUCAGGAUGGGCCUCUCUACCUGAUUGUGGAGUAUGCCAAAUACGGCUCCCUUCGGAGCUUUCUCAGGGAAAGCCGGAAGGUGGGGCCCAGCUACGUGGGCAGUGAUGGCAAUCGGAAUUCGAGCUACUUGGACAACCCUGAUGAGAGGGCACUGACAAUGGGAGACUUGAUCUCAUUCGCCUGGCAGAUCUCUCGAGGAAUGCAAUAUCUUGCAGAAAUGAAGCUGGUUCAUCGUGAUCUCGCUGCUAGAAACGUGCUGGUGGCAGAAGGACGUAAAAUGAAGAUUUCAGAUUUUGGCUUGUCUAGGGAUGUGUACGAAGAGGACUCCUAUGUCAAGAGGAGCAAGGGUCGAAUUCCUGUCAAGUGGAUGGCGAUUGAGUCUCUUUUUGAUCAUAUCUACACUACCCAAAGUGAUGUGUGGUCAUUUGGUGUUCUACUCUGGGAGAUCGUGACCCUCGGCGGAAACCCUUAUCCUGGGAUUGCUCCAGAACGACUCUUUAACCUCCUGAAAACUGGUUACAGAAUGGAAAGGCCUGAAAACUGCAGUGAGGAAAUGUACAAUUUGAUGUUGCGGUGCUGGAAGCAAGAACCAGAUAAGAGACCAACCUUUGCAGAGAUUAGCAAAGAACUAGAGAAAAUGAUGGUGAAAAGUAGGGACUACUUGGAUCUUGCUGCUUCCACCCCAUCCGACUCCUUACUCUAUGAUGACGGCCUCUCCGAAGAGGAGACACCCCUCGUGGACUGUAAUAAUGCUCCCCUCCCUCGAACCCUUCCUUCCACAUGGAUUGAAAACAAACUCUAUGGCAUGUCAUACCCGAACUGGCCUGAGGAGAGUCCUGUACCACUCACAAGAUUCGAUGGCACUAACUCUGUGUUUUCAAGAUAUGCAAAUGAUAGUGUAUAUGCUAACUGGAUGGUUUCACCCUCAGCGGCAAAAUUUAUGGACAAGUUUGAUAGUUAAAAUUUCUUUGUGAAAGGUAAUGGACUCACAAGGCGAAGGAACUGCAAAGAAUGGGAAGUCCACUGGCUCGUUCUUUGUGCAAUUCAAACCUGGUUAAGCCAACGUUAAUUUCUAGAAUGGCAAACUCGUUUUUGGUAGUUUGUUUUAACUGCUUUCCAAAGUGGCUUUACUUAUGAUCAUUUGUGAUUUCCCCUCUCAGAGAGCAUGUCAGACUAGAUGAGAAUUCUAGUUUCAAGACUUGACAGAGCCAAUUUUUUACUCACCCCACUGAGCAGAUAACCCGAUUUGGUCCACGUUUAUGAUUGACCGUGCACUUCAUGCUUGCAACCUUUUAGGACAAUUGUUCAUUAUUAUGGACAUUCUUGAAUAUGACACUAUUGUACCUGAAAGUUCCAUUUUUAUGGUUGCCUCUUACCAAGGCAGCAUGAUAUAAGCAUGAAGCACAAAGAAGAAAAAAAAAUUCAGAAAAACAUUUGGUCCCGAUUAACUGAGCUCGUUACUCAGUCAGAAGAAGGGUUAGCAGUGUCUUGACAAUAAAGCGAAACCCUGUCUUAGGUCUGAGGGGAAACAGGAAACCUUAAUACAGAACUUGUCUCAACAUUUGAGAUCUUUAAAAUUUGUAGAAGUAUAUUAUCUUUCCUUAGUAAGAGGAACAUUUGUUUUACCAGAUUUAAAAUGAUUCUUACCUUUAGCACAAUGGAGAGACGUUUGAUAAACAGAUAUGCUAUCUAUAGAUUGAUGUAGGCGAAGAGCAUUCACGAAACACAACUUAUUUCCCAUUACAUCCAUUUCACUAAUAUUACAUUAUAAAAUCAUUACCAUCAUCACUUCUAAGAGAGCUGUUUUGAAAGUGCAAGAUAUUUUCAACUGAUUCUCUUCCAGAGAUUUUGCUCUCAGUAAUUCUUGAUGGUGACAAACCGCUUCUUAAUUCCAAAUCUCCUUGACUUUUAGUAUAUUACCAAUUCAUCACAUCACAUCAGUGUAGCACGAAGAAAAGUAUUUACUUUGGCAAUUCAUGAGUUGGCGGUGCUCAUUUUAGUUUAUCCAGUAAAUCUGCUAACUUGCUUAUGUAGAUUGUUCAGCUAGUUAUGUUAGACGUUGCAUUAGCAAUGAACAAAAUAGGCUACAACUUUGAACAGGAUAUGCUGUGACUUUGAUAGAGUAAAGAGAUCGUUGUGGCUCUUAUAGAGCUUAUAUGAAAAAGUAAAUCGGUUGACACUUCCUUUCUUGUGUUUGUAUUUAAUGCUGCUUUAGCAAGAGAUUUUCAUUUUAAGUAUUUGUACGAACUUGGCUCAUGAGUGACUUACACUUUACGGUUCUUAAUGAGGCAUAUUCCUUCAAAACAUUGCUCAUUGCCUUGCAGUUUACUACUUGUGUGUCUUUUGGAGGGUCUUUUAUGUUGGCACAAUGUGUUUCUAGCGUGUGCACAUCUGUAAUUUCUGAAGAAGAGUUGGGUUGCCAAAACACUGCCCGGUUUUCAGAUUUCAGCACUGUGAUUAUUUAAAAUAGUUUCAUAAAAAUUCUGUAUUUUAUAAAACAUUUCAAAAAAGCAGUAAUCCUUUGGCUUUUUCGUUUAGCUAACAAUCCACAGUGUGCAUAUAUAUGCAUGUCUUCUUCCUAUAUAUGUUCACGCACUGUUAAGAUAAGCUGAUAGAGAGAAAAUCUGAAUUCAGUUGGAAUCUGGCACUUAGUUUAAAGCAUUUUGAAGAUGCACUGGCAACUCUUUUAAAUAACUAAAUCUGAUUACAAAAAUUAUUUAUAGAUGUUUUUGUCAGCAUUCCUAAUAGAAAAAGUAUAUAACCCCAAAAUAGUAGAAAUACCAUUUCAACCAAGAAUCGUUGAGUCAGGAUUGCUAGUUGUAAGGGCGCCUUAAGAAAAUUUGCUUGGACAUUAUGUUUGGGUAAGAAAGAUUUGAAUUCCUCCAUUUCUAGAAAUACCUAGUUCAUGGAUAAAUAAUUAUCGUUAAAUAUCUCAUCUACUGCGUCAUUUUAUGAUUAAGCCAAUACUUUCUUUCAAGAUGUGAAGAGAUUUCCAGUCAAGUGGCACAUAAGAGAAUUAACAAGUAGUAAGAAACAGUCUCAGCUCUUAAACGAACUCCAAAUUUCCAAAGUGAAUUAGACUAUAUUGCUUAAUAAUCAAGGUAAAAAUAGCUUUUAUUGUGAAAACCACUAUUAAGUGCAUAGUUUAGAAGGGCUAGAAGAAACAUAAUCUUUGCCAUCUUGACGAACUGUUGGUUUAGCCAGACUAUUGUAAAGCUGCAUUUCUGUGUAAAACAAGGACCUUUGUACAAAAUAGAAAUAGAUGCUAAUUAAAGUACUAUUCAUGAUAGCAAAUAAGGGCCAAUCAGUUUAACUCUUCCCUCCCUAUUUGAGUGUGUCAGAAGGCUGGUUUUGUGUACAUCAGUUGGACCUAAAGGUGUAAACACCUUCAUGUGGGGGUUGUGUUUUGCUUUUUCCCCAAGGGGAUUCCUGGACCCAGUACUUGAAUAAGCACGAAGGGAGGGUCGUUUGGCGGCCCCGCUGAAAAUUUGGUCCUAAAUCGUUGUGAAGCUUGAAAUGCCAGUGUUAUAUGUACUUCCAGCCAGGUAAAUGUAUAUGAGGUAACUGUGAAUCAAAUCUUCAUUAAAGUCCUAGUCUUUCACAGUAAUAGCAUUAAUCAGCGUCGGUCGGGAUAUAAAAGCAAACAUUAGAUGUCAUUUGAUGUGUGGUUAGGUCUUUUUCGUGACAGUAUUUUGUGUAUUGGGUGUAGGUGUAUACAUCUCAUUUCUGUGGGACUCAAAAAAGAGACAGUGGAAAAUGAAUGUUUUGCAGGGUGGUGACAUUUCACCACAGAUCAUCUCGAUGACUACUUCAACUAUUGUUUUCCUCAUUUAGCCACAUUUUCUCCUUUGGGUGUCUGGGUUAAAUCAUUAUACUUAUUUGGGCACUUUUUACUACUGAAAAUUUGGUUGUCCAUACGCAAAAGAGCGACCCAAUAGAACACUAAGUAAAAUUAUUGAAGGUUUCCAAAAGCAUUAUGGGACAACCUGCACCGUCCACUGUAACACCUAAAUCCUGCAAGUAUUUACCCCAAAGCCCAAACAAAGCUUGCAUUUCCUCCGCUGUACCAGAGAUAAGGGCUCCCCUGAUCUUCAGGGGAGCAGCUCACAACGAUGAUGCCGAGGCAGUAGUAUGGAGUUGUCGGAAGGCUGACCUUAGUCACGGUCGUAUCCAAGAGCAACUAUCACAUCUCUACCUUAUAAGUACAUCAGCUCGGCAAGUGAAAUUUUUCAUCCGGACAUUUCCUUGCAGUUAGACCCUGAAUUGCUCUCAGAAUUGUGAAAGAAAUCUAGGAACCUUCCUAACUGAAGCACAACAUCACUGAUCCCUUAGAAAAGUUGUCCUAGUUGGAGUUCUCACUGAACCUCCCUUCUACGUGCAUUCACAGAAAAUAUUUAGAUCGAUUACACAUAAAUGUACGUUAGGAGCAUUUAUCUUCACUGAGUAAAGUCUCUACAGUGAAAUGAAAUGCCAAGCAAAGCUAAAAUUUGUUUGCUAUCAAACUGGAAUUUCUCCUAGUCCUUAAAAUUGCGGGUUCUCCUACUGGUAGGGGAAAAAAACCCAUUUCAUUGACAUUUGAUGUAAUUUAGAAGGACGUUUUCAAAUACGUCGUUUGUGCCACAGUAUUCGUCGCUGCUUCCAUUUAGAUGUUCAACUUCUUUAGAGAAGCAAAAAGAAACUGAAUGGUUCAUUUAAAAUAGCUGAGGUGGUAUCAGUGUGACGUUCUGUGAAGGAAUCAGAAAUGGAUUUGGUCUUACUGCCAUCGUCUACAGCCAAGUUUAGAAAAGUACAGUUUCCUUUCACUCAGCUAGAGUAACACAUGUCAUUAGUUGGAGUUAAUAAGGUAAAAUUUUGAAAUGCCUGGAAGAAAUCCAGUGUUCAAUCUUAGCAACUCUAAUGGAUUUUUAAUGCUCUAUCAAGUAACAAGAGCUUUUGACAAUGCUAUAUUGGUGUUAAAUGUGGAAAUUUAUCUUACAAACUUGUUUCAGCUAAAUUUAAGGAUAAUAUAUAAGUUAUAGUUUUAAAAGUUUGAUUUUUAUUGUGUUAUAAUGGUGUAACAUUAUAUAAAGUCAAAAAGCGAUAUCGGUUAAGGGGCGAACAGAAGGGGGGUGCAAGUUUAGAAGUUAAUUUUUAUAACACAAGUAUGGAUGUAUGCCUGUAUAUUCCGAAAUCAUAUUGAGCAAUGAAAAUUUAAAAAGAAAUGGCAGUUGUCGCGCUAUAAAAAUGUAUUCUCCAGUUCUCCAAGUUACCAUUUUCUCAGCGAUUAAGAGAAGAAAAAAUAAUGGAAGAUCAAAAAUCCAGAAUACAUGAGGGUAGUCUGUGUCAAUUUUUGAAUAAAAAUAUUAAAGCCCA